AUGGACAGCAACAGCUCCGAACCUUGGUGGACACAGUGGAACCCAGACGAGGUGACUAUUGGCGAUGAAACGGUGCCGGAUGCAUGGAAAAUCUGUGCUAUCCAGAAAGUGUAUUUCGGAUCCACAGAGUACGACGGUGCAUUGGGGGCUCGGAUCUCGUCCAUUUUUGUCAUUUUCUUUGCGUCGACGGUGUGCACGCUGUUUCCGGUGGUAGCGGCGCGGGUCAAGCGUCUGAGAGUGCCGCGUUUCGUGUAUCUGUUUGCACGCUACUUCGGCACUGGAGUGAUCGUCGCGACAGCGUUUAUCCAUCUUUUGGAUCCGGCAUACAGUGAAAUCGGCAGCAACGCUUGCGUGGGCCAGGUCGGCCACUGGGCAGACUAUUCCUGGUGCCCGGCCAUUGUGCUAUUGACGGUUUUUGUUAUCUUCAUUGUGGAUCUUGCGAGCGAUGUGUACGUGCAUCGCAAGUUCGGAGUCCGUCACAACCACGGCGACGAGAUUGAGGGUGUUAUAGUAAAAAGCCCUACUACUGCUGGCGACGCAGCUCACAGAUUAGACGUUGAAAGCCUGGGACAUGCCGCGAACACUGGCGAUGAAAAGAGCAAGACCUCUUAUGACGUUAUCUCGGAUACUGCCAGUUCUGAACUAGUCGUACAAUCGUUUGAGAGUCAGAUUGCCGCUUUUUUGAUUCUGGAGUUUGGCGUUAUUUUCCACUCCGUCAUGAUUGGCUUGAAUUUGGGCACCACGGGUGACGAAUUUUCUUCUCUAUAUAUCGUUCUGGUCUUUCAUCAAUCUUUCGAAGGUAUGGGAAUUGGUGCUAGGUUGUCGUCCAUACGGUUCCCAAAGGGCAAAGAAUGGUGGCCAUACGCUUUGUGCAUUGCUUACGGACUCUCUACACCCAUAUGCAUUGCUAUUGGGCUUGGAGUCAGACGCUCCUACAACGGAAAUUCCUUCACGGUCAACACUGUCUCGGGGGUUCUAGACGCCAUUUCCGCUGGUAUAUUAAUAUACACCGGUCUCGUCGAGCUGCUGGCCCGUGACUUUAUUUUCGACGAAAACAGAACUAACGACAUUCCAAAACUGCUAUUCAUGGUAGGCUCCACUCUGUUGGGUGCCGCCCUCAUGGCUUUGCUCGGCAAAUGGGCAUGA